CUCAUAAUAUCUUUCUCACACUUCUUGUUAACUGCAACUUUCAUGUCUCCCCAAAUAGCAAAACCAGCUCAAUCCUCCCUACUUUAGCCCCACCCAUCCACCACUUUCCUCAUUUAAAUUCUCCCUUUCCCACAAAGUUCCAUCCACAUUUCCAUAUUAAUUCUUCAAAACAAAAUUAUGGAGGGUCAGGGGAGGCUUGGUUUGGUUUUCCUCCUCCUCCUCCUCUUACUGUCUCUUUCCCAAUCCUUGAAUUCAGUGGAGGAGGAGCACCAGAAUUCCCUCAAGUUGGAAUUAAUACACAGACAUGCCCAUCCACAGCUGAACUCAAGGCAUAAAACCCAACUCGACCGCCUCAAGGAGCUUCUUCACCAUGACAUGAUUCGCCUGAACAUGAUUGCCCAUAAGCGUCGAUUAGGCCAAAAUCCACCGGCAGCCGGAGGAACGGUGAGAAAGAGCAAUGGCAGCAUAGAAAUGCCGAUUAACUCGGCCAGAGAUUAUGGGUUGGGGGAGUACUUUGUGUCGUUUAAGGUGGGUACGCCGUCACAGAAGUUCACCUUGGUGGUGGAUACCGGUAGUGAAUUAACGUGGAUGAAUUGUAGAUAUCGGUGCGGGACAAGGUGUAGGGAGAAUGGGAGGAGAAUUAAUCGGCGGCCGGUUUUCUGGGCUGAUCUUUCGUCGACGUUCAGGCCUCUCCCCUGUUCCACAUGGAUGUGUAGAGUUGAGCUCAUGAACCUUUUCUCCCUCACUACUUGUCCAACACCACUCAACCCAUGCAACUUUGAUUACAGAUAUAUAGAUGGCUCCAGUGCAUCGGGGUUCUUCGCCAACGAGACGGUGACUCUCGAUGUCACCAACGGCCAGAGGGUAAGGUUGCAUGACGUGCUGAUCGGAUGCAGCAACUCUUUUAAAGGGAUUAGUUUCGACAAGGGUGCUGAUGGAGUUCUGGCGUUAGCCAACAGCAAGUAUUCCUUCACCACAAAAGCCACUCAGCAUUUUGGUGGCAAGUUCUCGUAUUGCCUCGUCGAUCACUUGAGCCACAAGAGUGCCUCUAAUUACCUCAUUUUCGGUGAUAAUAGAGAGGAAACGUCACUAUUAGGCGAAACUCGACAUACCAAAUUGGAGCUAAAUUUGAUUAGACCAUUCUAUGCUGUCAAUGUUGUUGGAAUCUCCAUUGGUGACAAAAUGCUGGACAUUCCACUCAUGGCAUGGGACGCCACACAAGGUGGAGGGACGGUUUUGGAUUCAGGCACAAGCCUAACAAUGCUGUCAGACCCUGCCUACAAGCCUGUAAUGGCAGCCCUGGAGGCCUCUGUUACGAAAUACCCAAGAGUGAAGCUGGAUGGAGUGCCUUACUGUUUUAAUUCGACCAGAUUUGAUAGCACCAUGGUGCCAAAAUUGGUCAUUCAUUUCGCAGAUGGAGCUAGAUUUGAGCCUUUUUUGAAGAGUUACAUUAUAGAUGCUGCAAACGGGGUCAAGUGCUUGGGGUUUAUGCCUGGAGCUUGGCCUACAUCGUCCGUCAUUGGCAAUAUCAUGCAGCAAAAUCACUUGUGGGAAUUUGACUUGGUUAGGAAAACAUUGGGUUUUACUCGUUCAACUUGUACCUAGCGUCAAGUUCAUAUAUAUUUAAUUGCUCAGAAAUAUGAUAUAUUGUGGUUUCUCCCUCCUCUUCUGUAAAUUUCACAUGUAUGUGUCUCGUUGAUUUUACAUAGUCCUCAAUACAGUUGAGGGACUAAUUUUAUUAAGAUUUUUAAUAUGUGUAUCUAAGGUUUAGGUUAAGAGUGUAAUUAUUAUAUUUUUUUAUUAAUUAAUAUUUUAAAAAAUAAAAGUUAAUCUUUAUU